CCGCCAUAUUGGACCGGGCAACUUUCCAUAACUCUCAGAAGACUGGACUGGCAAGAAGAUGCCUCAUUCGUGUGCAGCUUGGGGGUGUACAAACCGUUACACAAUCCAAACCAGAUCUCGGGGAAUUACCUUUCACAAGUUUCCCAAAGAGAAAGAGUUGAGGAGGCAGUGGGAAGUAGCUGUAAGAAGGGAAGGUUUUCCCGCCAGUGAGUGGUCCGUGCUCUGCAGUGAGCACUUCAAGCGGGAGGACUUUGACAGGACAGGUCAGACUGUCCGGAUCAGAGAUGCAGCUAAACCAUCUGUCUUCUUCUCAUCUCCAAAGAGUAGGUGUCCAGUGGCAACCAGGACAACACAAACCUCAAGGAAGGCUGAAGAGAGCCUGUCAGUGGACUGUUCUUUGCAUUUCCAAGAGACUGAACCUCUGCCUAAUGUUGACCACUCCUAUGCAUUGCCUGCAUCUCCCGCUGUUCUAAAGGCCAGACUCAGUGAAGCCUUGGCUAGGGUGGAGAGUCUGGAGCGAGAGACGAGGAACGCGAAGGACCGUGAACGGAGGGCAAAGAACACGGUGCAUGGUCUUCUGGAGGAUCUGAGGGGGAAGAACCUCAUAAAUGAAGAGCUGAAAGAGAGGCUCAAUUUCUACUCGGAUCUUCCAAUAGACCUCCUGUCAAAACAGGGCCAUGAGUUCACAAAAGACCAGAGGGAGUUUGCCCUAACUCUCCACCUACAUGGUCCAAAAGCGUAUAACUAUCUGAGAGAGGCUCUCCAUUUUAACCUCCCACAUCCACAUACAUUGCAAAGGUGGACGAGUUCUGUGGAUGCCAUGAUUAUGUUGGACAUGUUGAAAAGAAGACAAGAGGAAGACCCGCUAAAUAUGGAUGUGUGACUCAUGUUGGAUGCCAUGGCUGUCAAAAAACAUGUCCAGUACAAUCCUCAUACCCAGAAAAUGUCUGGAUUUGUGGAUAUGGGGGGUGGACUAUGACUGAAACAACAAACCAUAGAACUCUGAAUAACAGGAAGAGUAAAUUCUCAUAGCAUCUUUUCUAGUCAAAAUUCUUAGGUAUUCAGUGUAUUUAUUUCAGACAACAGCUACCUUCAGUGUACAUUGCAGUACAGAAUAGUGGUUACAAGAAAGUGGUGGUAUUCUCUGAAUGUCUGUUAUUGAUGUUUUCACACCAUUCUGUGUAUUAAAAAAAAAAAAACAGGGAACAAUUUGACUUGUGAAGGGUAAAUGGCUUGCACAACAAAUGAACUGUUGUUAAUGUAAAACGGUGGUGGUCAACAAAGGCUGCAACUGUUUCAGGUACUCAUGCCAAAUUAUGGCCUUAAUUACUUAAUUAGCUCUAACAUUUGCACCAUCUUGAUACGUGCAUGAAUGUCAAACGAAGACUGCUCGUGUCCCUAUAUGAAACAUUUUCUGUGAUCUUAUCUACAAGUGAAUAAGCAUAGGUGUAUACAAGCCAUUAGCUAAUUUAACCAGGGUAAAUGGUGGAAACACAAAUCUGCAUAUACACCAGCCCACUAGGACCAGGAUUGCAUAGGCGUUAGAAUUUCAGCUAGCAAAGAUGGCAGCUGUUCAUGUUUGUAUAAGUAUGUUGUUACAUAUUUUUGUUAAAUUAGCCACGUUUAUUUGCUAUGAUAUAUGAAUCAGAACUUAUGGUUUGACUAAAUAUAAUUGGACAACCAUUCUGAAAAAAACAAAAUAAGUACUAGUUGAUGCCAUAAUUUAA